AUGCCUUCGAUCCGGUCACUCCUGUUCGCUGGACUCCAGGUCACUGGCCUUGCGCUGGCCGACUCUACCGACAAUUAUGAGGACUCGCCAGAUGUUGGCGUAUUUAGACAGGUGCUGGGUCGCCUGCCGGAAGAGUCGAUCCAUGCCGCAUUGUCUGGACAUCUAGGAGGAAAGUACCAGGCUGGCGUAUUCGAGAAGGACCACAGAGCCAUGGAGCACAUCCACAACGACAACCCAUCCUUGGCUUCGCGUCUUAUCGAGAUUGCAAAGCACGAUGUCGCUGUCCGAGCAGAGUUGCGUAAGAGACAGGACAACAGCGCCGACAACACGACCAUCAUCGCUGUACCUUCGACCACCACCUCGGACCAAGUAUCUACCACUAGUACCGAGGCCGUCAUCGUCACCGACUCAAGCACGACUUCCGUGUCAUUGACCACAGAGACUUCGGCUCGUGCGACGACCGACGCUCCGACUUCGACUGUUGAGUCGUCGGCAGCUCCUUCGAGCACUACAGGAGGUGAGAGCAGUGCUGAUUCGUCGUCCGCUUCUUCUGCGUUUGUGUCUACUUCUGCUUCACCUGCGUCGCGCUCGGAUACUGUUGUUGCUACCUCUUCCGACUCGAAUGUUGCUUCCUCCUCCCAGGCCUCGUCUGCCGAGCCCUCCUCUGCCGCCCAGAGUUCUGUCUCCUCCCAACAGAGCUCUGUUUCUUCUGCUGCCGCGUCUCUCCUCCGCGGCACAGUCUUCUGCUUCGUCCUCUGCCCGCGAGACUUCCCAGACCUCUGA